GAAAAGCUCAACUGAAAGAGACGAAGCUACUAAAAAAAAAAAAAAACUAAAACCCUAGACCCUAACUCCUCUUCUCUAGCGCGCCAUUUUUGAAACCUAAAAUGCAAAAAUUUGAAUUCCAAAAGCUAGAAUCUUUGUGAUCUUUGUACGUAAAAAUUUUUGUUAGCAUUGGUUGCUUCUGUAUUAAAAACACUAUUAGCUCGAAUUUUUCUCCAAUGUCUCGAAAAGUAGGUGAAGCUCAACCUGACGAAGGCGACUCUGUGCCAGUGUUACAGCCUAUUAGAAUUCCCAAACCUGCCGAAGAUAACGACAAGAAGACUGCAAACAAGAGAGUUAAGGAUGUCGAAAUUUGCGUCCCGAUUGUAUAUGGAACAAUAGCGUUCUAUCUGGGCCGAAAGGCUAGUGAGUCUCAAUCCCAUAAGUGGACAGUUUAUGUUCGUGGGGCCACCAAUGAGGAUCUUGGGGUGGUGUUAAAGCGAGUUGUAUUUCAAUUGCAUCCCAGUUUCAAUAAUCCUACAAGAGUGGUUGAAUCGGCCCCAUUUGAGUUAACAGAGUGUGGUUGGGGUGAAUUUGAAAUUGCUAUCAGUCUAUUUUUUCACAGUGAAAUAUGUGAUAAACAGUUGGAUUUGUAUCACCAUUUGAAGUUAUAUCCUGAAGAUGAAUCUGGUCCCCAGUCGACUAAGAAACCCGUUGUUAUGGAAUCAUACAAUGAGAUUGUUUUUCCUAAUCCAUCAGAGGAAUUUUUUGCUCGUGUUCAGAAUCACCCUGCUGUUCUUUUGCCCCGUUUGCCAGCUGGAUUUACUUUACCUAGUCCUGUACCAAUUGAAAAUACCGAAAGGGACAGAGGUUAUACCAAGGAUCAUCCCCUUAAUCAGUGGUUCUUGAAUUUCUCAGAGGCAGAUGAACUCUUAAAACUUGCAGCUGCUCGUCAACAGGUGCAAGAUCACAUUAUGAAGCUGAAAAGACAGUUGAGCUCGAUGGAUGGAUUACCUCAGCUGUCAAAACCACCCUCCGGAUUUGAAUGAAUAUACAUGAACGUGGUAGAUAGUUGUUCGAGUUUUCUCAUCAGUGUAAAGCAUGGAGUGUUAGAACUUGUGAUUAUUAGAUGUGAUCUUGUGUAUUACCACUUGAUUUUGGAAGUAUUCAUUAUGUGUAAAUUUGUAUUAGUUUGUGAAGCUUUUAGAGCUAACUAAAAUUUAAUGCGCGAACAACAUCGAUUAGCUAUGUGGAUGUCUUCAAUAUAACCUAUGGAUUUGCAUGUACGUUUUAUUUUCUCUUUUUUUUUUAGAAGAGAAUAUUGCUUCUCUCUUCAUUAAGUGAGGAGGAUGAAUAA